CUCACUGCCCUUGCUUAUUAAAGUGGGUCGGAGAGCGCUUCCGUAAUCAAAAGGUAGUCAUAGAAAGGCAGCCGGGAGGGAGUACUAAUAAUUUCUGCAAGGGGGGUGGACAGCUCUAACGGUGUAGGUGCUUUAAGAUGUAAUUUAAGAGACCUUAGGGUAGUGUGAGCGGCAUACAAGUUAAACAAAUAAAUAAAUAAUUUGGGAGUUGCCCUCCAAGAAUUUCUAGAGGACUGCAUUUGACCACCUCUGCACUUGCAGGAUCAGUUUGAAGAGAUGCGCUGCCACCAGCAUUAUUGAUGAACUUGCACAAGUUAAUAGCAAUGUUUCACAUAAAGAAGUUAAUGGUCCAUAUAUCCUUUUACCAGUUUCCAUUAGUGGCAGGACAGAUUCAAACCACAGAGAACAGCUCAAACUCCCUGCAUUUCAACCUGAAUGAGUCUGAUUGUUAGUUGUAUGUACUGUAUUGUAUUCUUCUAUGGACUCUUGUAUGUAGCCUUUCAGAACCUAGGAAAAUGGAAAAGAAACUAUUUAUCUUUAUUGUAUUAACAAAAGUUAUAGCAAGCCUCCUUCCAUAAAUUUACAAGUUCCAUAGAAAUGGCUCACUCUCAAGCUGAAAAUGUGAUAAGGAACAUCAUCCGUGAAAUUGGACAAGAAUGUGCAAUGAAAGGACAAACUGCAUCAGAAACUCUGGUGGCAUUCAUGGUGAAAGCUGUUGUACUGGAUCCAAGGAAUGGAUUUAAUGUGGAUAGGACUCUUACAAAGGCUGAUGUACAAAAACUUAUUAAGCUUUCAGUUGACAAACUUCUUGACACUAGAAAUCCAUCUCUGGACACUAUUAAGAUGCAAGUUUACUUUGAUAUGAACUACACAAGCCGAGUUGAAUUAAUUAAUGAACAACAUCGGGUUCUGGAAUCCAGGCUUGCUCCUGUAAGCAGAGAAAUUACAGAUAAUCGUGCUCGUACUCGAGAAGAAAUGGAGAGUGUUUAUCGAAAGAUUGUCAGCUAUGUGUUGCUGCGGUCUGGCCUUGGAUCCCCAACAGAUAUUAAAGUCAUUAGAGAGGCAACUGCUGCCCUUCAGAGUGUGUUUCCUCAGACAGAACUUGCUGCUUUCCUGUCUCUCAGUAAAAAGGAGAAAGAGCGGCAGCUGAAAGAACUCACCAUGAUUGUCACAGGAAUUCGAUUAUUUAACAAGGACUGUGGGAAAGGAGGAGAUGGCAUUGAUGAUUUGCCAGCUAUUCUGAAUGAAGCUAUCCCAGCAGCCAGCCAUCAUAUUGAUAUAGAACUACAUGCUUCUCAGCAGCUAGCAUACCAGUAUACAGCCUUGAUUGAAACGAUGCAUGAGAGUCAAAAUGCUGACCUGGAACUUAGGGUGACCAUGUUGAGAGAAGUCCUAUACAAUGUGAGACAACAUGAGGCUUUUCUCUGCAUUAUUCUGUCUGAUGUGAUCUCCUGUGCACAAGAAGUUGAUAUGAUGCGGAAGCAGUUUGAAGCACAGAUGGAAGAACUGAAGAAUGUUGUUAGAGAAAAGACGGCUGUGCCUACAUCUCUGGUUUAUCCUAUAUUUAUUGCACUUUCCAACCUUUGGACCAGUUUUCAAGAUGAGAUACUAGUGCUUAGUUUUCUCAAUAACUUGACAAUCAGUCUCCAGCAAUUUUUGGGAUCACAUGCACUCAUCUUUCCAGAAGAUGUGAUGGAAUCUCUUCUUGAAGAUGUUACUGUGAAAACUGAUAAGGAAAGGUUAAUGGAAAAUGCUGAUAGCAAAGUAAACCCUGCUGAUUUCACCAAAGAAGAAUGGCUGUUUCCAGAAACCACAAUUAAUUUUAACCAGCUGGUGAUUCAGUACCAUGCAUUUUGUGCUUAUACUUUUGCUGUGAAAGAUGGUCUUCUUCUCCCAGGAAAUCCAUCUCUUGGGGUCCUGAAGCAUAAGGAGAAAUAUUAUGCUUUCAGUUCCAAGGAGGCUGCAUAUACAUUUGCUGAAAAUCCAGAUAAAUAUAUUAAGAUGACUGCAGAAAAAGCCAAGGAAACUACAGAGCUGAUCCAGUUGCUUGAGCUUCAUCACCAAUUUGAAUCCCUGGCUCCUUAUUCUCAGAUCAGAGCCAAAGACAAGAACUUGCUAGCAAUCACUAAAUGUGACACUAGUACUCAGACUGACACCCAUAUUUUGCCGCCAACUAUUGUGAAGGAUUAUGAGUGGAAUGAAUGGGAGCUAAGAAGAAAAGCCAUCAAACUGGCUAAUCUGCGCAAAAAGUUAACUCACUCUGUGCAGACAAACCUCAGUCACAUGAGAAGAGACAAUUGCAGCCAGGUGUACCCCCCAAAGGAUUCUGGCACACAGACCAAACAUGAAAACUCCAGCAAUGUACCCAGACCACAGAUUUUCCUGGCUCAUCUUCGGGGAAGAACAUCCCCAACUACCCAUAUGAUUAAAGUGAACUUGACAAGAGCAGUUGAUGAAACAUAAAUAAGAACAUAGAAGAACAAGAAAAAAAUAAAUAAACGCCUUUUUAAAGAAAAUGUAAACAAACUGUUUC